AUGUUAUUAAAUAGCUCUGAAGAAACUCGUACUAAAGCUGCUACUGAGCUUUACGAAUAUGCUUUUGCUACGUCACAAGAAGUCACUGGAGAGCAGUUUUCAAAGUUUACCAACGAUGUCAAUCGAAAGAUAUUCGAGCUAAUUCAAAGUCAGGACAUUGAUGAAAAGAUUGGUGGCAUUGCUGCUUUGGAUAAACUAAUCGAUCUGGAUGGUGGUGAAGAAAACUUGACCAAAGUCACUCGUUUUGCAAACUAUUUGCGUAUCGUUCUACCAGGGACUGAGCAACGCAUCACUGAUGCUGCGUGCAAUGCUUUAGGCCAUUUGGCUCAAGUGACGGGCACUCUUGCCACUGAAUUUGUCGAGUUUGAAGUGAAGCGCGCACUAGAAUGGCUUCAAGGUGAUCGCCACGAAGCUAAACGCUAUGCUGCAGUGCUGGUUCUCAAGGAAUUGGCGUUGAAUGCACCUACUCUCUUGUAUGUCUUUAUCCCUCAGAUUAUAGAUCUAGUAUGGAUUGGUCUUCGUGAUUCAAAGGUUUCUAUUCGUGAAGGUGCAGCAAGUACUUUGAGUCAAUGUUUGGCGCUGGUUCAGAUUAGGGAGAAUCAAAUUAGACGCCAGUGGUAUCGACGAAUUUUUGAAGAAAUGCAAAACGGACUCAAAAUGAGCAGCUCUGAUGCUAUUCAUGGAUCACUUCUUGCUCUGCGAGAACUUUUAAUUCAUGCACCAAAGUUUGUAGAGGGUCGAUACACUGAAGUAUGCGAGAUUGUAUUACGGUAUCGAGAGCAUAGAGAAUCCCUCGUUCGGCAAAGCAUCAUUACAAUCAUCCCCGAUUUGGCACACUUCAACACUGAUCAGUUUGUAAACAACUAUCUUGGCAUUUCUGUUGGGUAUCUUUCAAAUCAAACCAAAAGAGAAAAAGAACGUAGCAUUGCGUUUUUGGCAAUUGGAAGAGUGGGCAUGGCUGUUGGCCGAGGAAUCAUUGAAUAUCUAGAUGCUAUUAUGGUUAAUAUUAAAGGUGCGUUAAAGGCACAAAACAAAUCUCGUGAAGAUGCAGGUUUAUUUUACUGCAUUAGUUUGCUGGCCAUUGCCGUCGGACCAGCACUCACAAAGCACAUUCAAGGACUACUGGAUUGUAUGUUUUCUGGUGAACUUACAGAGCCAUUUUGCCAAGCUUUGGUGGAUCUAUCAACACAUAUUCCACAACUUCUUCCAGUUAUCCAAGAACGGCUAUUGAAUGUGAUUUCUAUGACUUUGUGUCAUCGACCCUAUGUUCAUCCUGGUGCUCCAGAUGCCUAUACAAGUGCGCCAUAUGGAUCAUUAGUAAUGUGCGAUUUACAGCAAACAAGCUUGCAAUCACAACAAAAUCAACAGGGACACUUUGAGCAAUUACCCAAUUCCACGGCCAUUCUGCUUUCACUUCGCACUCUAGGCACAUUUGAUUUCAAGGGCCACAUGCUGCACGAACUGGUUCGUGAAUGUGCAUGGCUUUAUCUUGAAGAAGAUAGUGACGAUAUUCGCAAAGCAGCCGCGCUUACUUGCUGCCAACUUCUUGCACGAGAUAACAUCUGUUAUCAAACCAGCACACAUGCCAUGCAGCUUGUAGCCGAUGUGCUGGAGAAACUACUUUCAAUUGCGAUUGCUGAUCCUGAUCCAUCUAUUCGACUUGCUGUAUUGAUGGCUCUAGACGAGAGGUUUGAUUUGCAUCUUGCUCAGGCAGAAAACAUUGAAGCGCUACUGAUUGCAUUUGGUGACGAAGCCUUUCCCACUCGUGAAGCUGCGUUGCGAAUCAUUGGAAGAUUGGUCAUCCAUAAUCCUGCAUGCAUCAUGCCUUCGUUGCGAAAAAUCUUGAUUAAAUUGCUUACCGAACUCAAGUAUGUCAGCGCAAGCAGACAAAAAGAAGAAAGUGCACUUUUGAUUGCUAAACUAAUUCAAUCAGCACCUCAGUUGGUUGAACCAUACGUAGAUUCGAUACUCAAGGUGCUUGUAACCAAGGCAAAAUGUAAAGAAACGAGUCCAAGUGUAGUUGCAAAGCUUCUCCGUGCUAUUGGAGAGCUGGCACAUGUGGCUGGAAACGAGCUGUUGCCAUAUCUAGAUGAUCUCAUGUCGAUUAUUCUUGACACCAUGCAAGACCAAAGCUCACCUAAUAAGAGAGAGGCUGCACUUGAAACCCUGUCAAGUGUAGCUGCAAGUACUGGAUGGGUGAUUGAUCCUUACACAAAAUACCCUACGCUAUUGACAUUGCUGAUUCAGAUAUUGAAAACUGAACCCAACCAUAAUAUUCGAAGACAUGCAGUCAAGGCUGUUGGAAUUAUAGGAGCUUUAGAUCCCUAUAGAUACAAAAACACUUCAGUUACUGGCAAUGUUCCUGUCAGUGACGUUGCCGAGGCGUCUGCACUGAUGAGCUUGAAUCCUACGUCAGAUGAGUACUAUCCAGCAGUUGCAAUUGAUGCUCUACUCAAAAUCUUGCGCGAUCCUUCUUUGAGCGUACACCAUACUGCAGCAGUGACAGCCAUCAUGUUUGUGUUUAAAACACUUAGUCUGAAAUGUGUGCCUUUUUUGCCCCAGAUUCUUCCAUCUAUUCUCGGUAUUAUGCGCACUUGUCCACCCAACAUUCUCGAAUUUUAUUUUCAGCAGCUUGGUGUUCUUGUGACAAUUGUUAGGCAGCAUAUUCGUGGAUACAUUAACGAAUUUAUUCAACUCAUCCAGGAUUUUUGGACUCUGUCUGCCAAUAUUCAAAGCACAGCCUUGUCUUUAAUCGAAGUUGUUUCCACUGCAUUGGAGGGCGAGUUUAAAGUAUAUCUUCCUAUUUUGCUACCAAUGAUGAUCCAGAUUUUUGAUACAGACGUGACAACAAAACGUUUACCUUCGCUUCGACUUAUCAAAGCACUAUUAUUUUUUGGGCCAAUUCUUGAAGAUUACUUACAUCUGGUGAUUCCAGCCAUCAUCAAAGUUGCUGAACGAGCUGACAGUCCAACCGCAUUGCGAGAACAAGCAGUGCUUGUUUUGGGACUCAUGUCACGCAAGGUCUGUCUUACUGAAGAGUCAUCACAGAUCCUGCACAUGCUUUCACGAAAUCUUUUAACAGACUCUGCCACACUCCGUGUAGCUGUGAUGGAAACGCUAUGUGCGUUGAUUUACCAGAUUGGUGACGAGUAUAUUCUCUUCAUCCCCAUGAUCAACAAGUCCAUGAGCAAGGCUGGUCUACGACACGAGGCAUACGAGUCUUUGAUUGCUGCUUUACUGAGUAAUACUGGACUGCCGCCGGAUUUGGAUGCAGCCGCAGAUAAACUGUUUGGUCAGACAGAUGGACAGGACACACAGUUGUUAGAAGUAUCAACAAAAAAGCUACCUGUAAAUCAAGCACAGCUUCAAAAAGCUUGGGAAACAUCCCAGCGAUCUACCCGUGACGAUUGGCAAGAAUGGAUUCGCAGAUUCAGUGUUGAGCUACUAAAGGAAUCACCAUCACAUGCCCUGCGUGCGUGUGCCGAUCUUGCUGGCACAUAUUAUCCGCUUGCUCGUGAACUGUUUAAUUCUGCCUUUGUGUCCUGCUGGGGAGAAUUGUUUGAUCAAUAUCAAGAGGAAUUAGUCAAGUCACUCGAAACUGCUUUGACAUCGCCUAAUAUUCCUCCUGAAACGUUGCAGACUUUGCUGCAUUUGGCAGAAUUCAUGGAACACGAUGACAAGGCAUUACCCAUUGAUAUCCGAACUCUAGCAUUCCAUGCCACAAAAUGUCAUGCUUAUGCAAAAGCUUUGCAUUAUAAAGAACUUGAGUACAUGUCUGACUCUGCUGAAACGAACGCUGAUGCGCUGAUUACCAUCAACCAUCAAUUGCAGCAAAUGGAUUCAGCUUUUGGUGUUAUUGCCCACACCCGACAGUUUAAAAAUGCUGAUUUAAAGGUAGAGUGGCUUGAAAAGCUAAACCGGUGGGAUGCCAGUUUGGCAAUUUACAACCAGAGACUCGAAAGCGAUCCAAAUGAUGUUGAAGCAUUACUGGGUCGUAUGCGUUGCUUGCACAAUCUGGGAGAAUGGGAAACUCUUGCCGAUCUUGCUCAAGAAAGAUGGGGACUUGCUGAAUUCGACACACGAAAAAUCAUGGCACCUUUAUCAGCAGCAGCAGCUUGGGGACUAAAUCAUUGGGGAUUGAUGGACGAGUAUGUAGCAUUGAUGAAACAAGAGUCUCCUGACUCGGCCUUUUUUAGAGCAAUUGUUGCUAUUCAUCGAAACAAUUUCAUUGAAGCUCAGAAACUGAUUGAAGUUACGCGAGAGCUGUUGGAUACUGAAUUGACUGCACUUAUUGGCGAGAGCUACAGCCGUGCGUAUAAUAUUGUUGUGCGAAUACAGAUGCUGACUGAGCUCGAGGAAAUUAUUCAGUAUAAACAGUCAUUUGAACACCCUGAGCACCAAAUAUUUAUUCGUCGUAUCUGGACCAAGCGAAUCUAUGGAUGCCAAAACAGUGUGGAAGUUUGGCAACGAAUUCUUCGUGUGCGCGCACUUGUUGUUCCGCCAAAGGACGAUAUAGGAAUUUGGGUCAAGUUUGCAAAUUUGUGUCGCAAGAGUGGCAGAAUGAAUUUGUCACAGAAAACUCUAUCCCGAUUGCUGGUUGUGCCAAGUUCAGAUUUUAUGUUUACCUCGUUUGAAGAGAAUCAUCCUGCAGUGAUCUACGCAUGCAUGAAGCAUUUAUGGGCAACCGGGAAACGAACUCAAGCAUUUAAUCAAAUGAAGGAUUUUGCCAACUCACUGGUGCUCAAGCUUGGAAGCGAUGCUCGUGAGGAAAAAGCCACAUAUAUGGAUUUUAAUCGGCCAGAUAACCCACCCUCACCCAUGUCUUCUCAGGUUGCACGGUGCUUUCUUAAACUUGGCGACUGGCAAAUGGCACUCAACAAUCCUCUUGAUGAACCAAGCAUAUCCGAAAUUAUACGAUCCUAUCUUGCAGCAACGCAAUGCGAUGGUACUUGGUACAAGGGAUGGCACGCAUGGGCUCUUGCUCACGUCAAAGUCUUGCAGUAUUAUGAAACCACCAACGCAGAGGUUUCUCAUGAAGUUUUCCUUUCACACGUUAUUCCAGGUAUUUAUGGGUUUUUUAAAUCUAUUUCCAUUUCAAAGGGCAAUUCACUGCAAGAUACCCUGCGGCUGUUGACCAUGUGGUUCAAGUACGGCUAUCUUCCAGAAGCACAGCAUACAAUUAGCAAUGGCACACUCACUGUGACGAUUGAUACGUGGUUGCAAGUCAUUCCCCAGUUGAUUGCACGUAUUCAUGUCACAAAUCCUCAAGUACGGAGACUGAUUCAUAGUCUGUUGGCAGAUGUUGGAAAACAGCAUCCACAGGCAAUUGUCUAUUCGCUAACGGUUGCGUCCAAAUCACAUAGCAUCAAUCGACGCAAAUCAGCACUGGUGAUUCUUGACAAAAUGCGAGCACAUUCAGCCAACUUGGUAGACCAAGCUUUGCUGGUUAGUCAAGAACUCAUUCGUGUAGCGAUUUUGUGGCAUGAAAUGUGGCAUGAAGGACUUGAAGACUCUUCGAGGUUGUAUUUUGGGGAGCACAAUAUUGAGGGAAUGUUUACUACACUUGAACCUUUACACCAAAUGCUAGAGCGGGGACCAGAAACAUCUCGCGAGGUUUCGUUUAUGCAAGCAUUUGGUCGUGAUUUGGCCGAGGCUUAUGACUGGUGCAAGAAAUACAAGCGCACACUCAACGCAGACGAUCUCAGUCAGGCGUGGGAUUUGUACUACCAAGUAUUUAAAAAAAUCACAAAGCAAUUGCCUCAAUUGAGCACGUUGGACUUGCAGCACGUAUCGCCAAAACUUCUUGCUGCUAAAAACCUUGAUUUGGCGGUUCCUGGAUCCUAUGUUAGUGGUGAGCCAAUUGUUUGUAUCAAUUCCUUUGCUCCAACCUUGAUUGUCAUGACCACAAAACAACGUCCGCGUCGGUUAAGUAUUCGUAGCAGCGAUGGCAAAGAGUGCCAGUUUCUUCUCAAAGGUCACGAUGAUCUUCGACAGGAUGAGCGAGUCAUGCAGCUUUUUGGGCUAGUGAAUACCCUUCUUUUGAAUGAUUCGGAAACAUUCAAGCGUCGAUUGAAUAUUCGAAGGUAUCCAGUUGUUCCGUUGAGUCCCAAUUCUGGGUUGAUUGGAUGGGUACCGCACUCGGAUACUCUGCAUUCCUUGAUCAGAGACUAUCGUGACAGUCGCAAGAUUUUGCUAAAUAUCGAGCAUAGGCUGAUGCUUCAGAUGGCGCCCGACUAUGACUUUUUGUCGCUGUUGCAAAAAGUAGAAGUGUUUGAGUAUGCGUUGGAAAACACAACUGGUCAAGAUUUGUACAAAGUUCUUUGGCUGAAAUCCAAAAAUUCUGAAGUAUGGCUUGAUAGACGAACCAACUACACUCGCUCACUUGCACUCAUGUCUAUGGUUGGAUACAUUCUUGGUUUGGGUGAUCGUCAUCCAUCCAAUUUGAUGCUUGACCGAUACACUGGUCAAGUGAUUCACAUUGAUUUUGGAGAUUGUUUUGAAGUUGCCAUCAAUCGAGAUAGAUAUCCUGAACGCAUUCCGUUCCGUUUGACUCGGAUGCUUAUCAACGCGAUGGAGGUCAGUGGCAUUGAUGGGAAUUACCGGAUUGCUUGUGAACAUGUCAUGCGUGUUCUUCGUGACAAUAUGGAUAGUUUAAUGGCUGUGCUCGAAGCCUUUAUCUACGAUCCUUUAAUCAACUGGCGAUUGAUUACUCAAGCAAGUCCCAAAGGAGACGGUGGAACAAAACUCCCUCCGUCUCAAUCUACUCACCAUUCCCGUAUCGAACCUGAACAUUUCGAUGGCUCAAAACCCGUAACACUCCAAGUACGCAAACUGAAUCGCAUGGAUUUGGAAACGGGAUCGCAGGACGAUCAAGAUAUCAAUACCGAAGUUGCUAAUGCAAAAGCUAUGGCUAUCAUUCAGCGUGUAUCAAGUAAAUUAACCGGCACGGAUUUCAAAACUUUAGACGCUUUAAAUGUAUCGGAUCAAGUGGAUCGAUUGAUUGAUCAAGCUACUUCACUGGAAAAUUUGUCGGAAUGUUUUAUCGGGUGGUGUCCAUUUUGGUAAAGGGUUUAAACUUGAGCAAUGUAUUGGACCAGCUCAUCACAUUAUUGCAAUAGUGAAAGGCUGCUAUGGAAUGAAAUAGAUUUUAUUUUU